AUGCUAAAGAGCCAGUGCGCCAGGGUCCGGCGGCGAUCAGCGGCCAAUGGUGCCGACGACGAAGGGACCAAUCAUCGCAGGAACAUCACAGGACCACAAUCAGCAUUGACGGACUUCCUAGCUUCACAUAACAUCUCGGCCACUCAGAUUCGUAAUGAGGCCUUGACGCGUCGACAUGCCGCAGCCACGCAAGCUGACGCGAACGCCGAUUCGUCCGCGGUGGCGGAAUCGAGCACCACCGCAAGCCAGCGUGCGGCUGAUGGCAAGAAGCUGACCCAGAAGCAAAAGGAAGAAAAGAAGGCCAUUGAAAAGAUCAAGGCCAGCAAGUCUUUCAAAAAGCGCAAAAAGUUUGAUCGUGAUAGCCAACAGGAUGAUGACAUUGCGCGUGCCAUUUAUGAGCUAAACCACGCGCCCUUGCCUGGUCAAAUGGACAACUGUGAAAUCUGCGACAAACGAUUCACCGUCACGCCAUACUCUGUCACAGGCCCCAACGGGGGUUUCCUUUGUGCCCUCUGCGGUCGCGAGAUAGCCAAAGAGCGAGAAGGGCAAAAGCCGAAAAAGAAGCCUCGCAAGCAAACGGGCGGCAUUGGUGCUCGCCGAACCACGCAAAGCCGAAUGCUUGACGGUGAUGUAGGGACCAAGAGCCUUGCAACGCUUUGCGUCCAAACCCUGGCAAAGAACGUCGAAUUGGCCGAGAGCUUAGGCGACCUGCCGGAGCACCUGAUCGAUAAGAUCGGGCGCAUCUUUUCGAAGCGCAGACUACUCAAGCCAGAGACCCUGCCACUCUUUGUUCAACCAAACACUGAAGCUCUGUACAUUUAUGAUGGCGCUAAGCUCGGAGAAAAUGAGCUGAUCGGUAUUUUUCAAGUAGCGACGAAGUUGCGUCACUUCAAAGUGCGAUGCGCGAUCCAGUUCAAGGAUGAAGUCAUGGAUUACCUCCUCUCGCGCGACAUCCGCUUGGAGACCUUUUAUCUGCAUGGCGCGAACCUGUUGAGCGAAGGAAAAUGGCAUGAAUUUCUUGCUGCAAAAGGCGGUGACCUUCGGACCCUCCAGGUUUACUACACAGACCUGCACUUUGGAGACGACACCAUUGUCGAGCUCCAAAAACACUGCCCGCAUCUACAGCGACUGAAGGUAUCAAAUAACCAGAAGCUUACCAGUAAGGGUGUCCAGGCAAUCGGGGCACUUUCAUCUCUCCAACAUCUCGGCCUCCAAGUUCACCAUGAGAUCACAUCAACAGCACUGACGGAGUGCAUUUCUGGCGUCGGGGCCAGUUUACAGACCCUGUCGUUGAAGAUCUUCCCAGGCGCUGGAGACGAAGUUUUGGAGGCGAUUCGCAAAAACUGCCAGAGUAUCACUAAGCUUCGAAUCACGGACAGCGAAGUCAUGACAGAUGCCGGUUUUGCCAAUCUAUUUACGGGGUGGGAGAAUCCUGCGGUACCAUUUAUUGACCUCCAGAAGUGUCGACAACUCGAAGCUGCCAAUCCACGGGCGAAUCCUGACAAUAUUGGCCUUUGUAGCGAAGGCUUCAAGGCUCUUAUGGCGCAUUCCGGGGCAAAGAUCAAGCAUCUCAAUGUCCAUGCCUGCCGGCACAUCUCGCGCGAAGCGUUUGAAGAAGUCUUUAACGAUAAGGCGUUGUAUCCAGAACUGCGCUCCUUGGAGGUUAGCUUUUGCGAGGCGGUAACGGACUUUAUCCUGGGUAGCAUAUUCCGGACCUGUCCCAAGAUCAAGGAGGUGAACGUGUUUGGAUGCAUGAAGGUCAAGGAGGUCCCGGUCCCACGCGGGGUGAUUCUAGUUGGUGUACCUAAUGCACAAGGCAUGGUGACCGAGGGCAUCCACUGA